CACACCGGUGCAUCCCCAUGCCAUGGGAGCCCACCAGCCGAAUCCCUGUGCACCAGCCGCCCCCGCCCUCUCUUGCAGACUGGCUGGUGCUGCAGGUGCCGGCGCGGGUGCUGCUGGAGGGGGACGCGCUGCCGCUGCGCUGCCGGGGCUGGAAGGACAUGCAUGUCACCCAGGUGCAGUUCUUCCAUGAAAGGGAGGCACUGGGGGGGCUUUCCCAGGGGACCGAGCUGCUCCUGCCCUCCCUGCAGCUGCACCACAGCGGGCACUACCGCUGCCAAGCCACCGUGGGCCAUGUCUUUCCAACGUGGCAGGAAUCGGCACUGGUGAUGGUGGCGGUGCAAGAGCUCUUCACGGUGCCGGUGCUGCGCCUGGAGGGCCCGGCCGAGCCCCGCGAGGGAACCCCCGUGGCCCUGGGCUGCCUCAGCCACCUCAGCCCCCUGCGGCCCCUCACCCGCCUCCAGCACCUAUUCUACCAGGAUGACAUGGUGGUGGGGGGGCCCCAGGGCUCGCCCCAGCUCCAGCUGCCGGCCGUGGGGCUGUCCCACUCGGGGAACUACUCCUGCGAAGUGCGGACAGAGACGGCCAGCGUGCGGAAACGCAGCACCCCGGUCACCGUCACGGUGCGCAGGGUCCCAGUCUCGGGGGUGUCCCUGGUGGCACAGCCCCCCGGGGGGCAGGUGGCAGAGGGAGACCGCCUGGUGCUGAGCUGCUCGGUGGCUGAGGGGACGGGGCCCCUCUCCUUCUCCUGGCACCGGCAGGGCUCAGCUGUGCCACUGGCCACAGGCCCCUACUACAAGCUCCGCACUGUGCGGCACCAGGACAGCGGCCGCUACCACUGCACGGCCACCAACGGUGGCACGGCGGCCGACAGCCCGCCGCUGUGGGUCACUGUCCUGGGUGAGCAGGACCCUCUGGCUUCGGGUGCCCUCCACCCACGGUGUCACCUCAUCCCGCCACUAGUCUGACCCCAGCACCAUC